AUGGAGUCACCACAUUACGAGAUCUCCUCAAGCUCUUCUUCUGAAAAACCUAGAGAGUACUUCCAACCCCUUGAUCUCUUCCCUAACCUCACGCAAAACCCUAGCAACAACCAUACCCUAGUUGAAUCUUUACCGCUCAUCGAUCGGAUAAACUUAAACUCAACCAUAGACCUGAACCCUAAACCAUCACAUGUUGAAGAAGGAGAGGAAGAAGGAGAAGGAAAAGAAGAAGAUGACGUUGAAGUGGACGUGAGCUUGCACAUCGGUCUUCCUGGUUCCGGUAAUCCGAGCAGCAAUGAGGCUAUACAGCCAAAGAAGAAAAAUGGGAAGGAGAUCGUCACUCAUGAUGCCGUAAAAGACAUCGAGAAUGAAGUUUCCGGUAAGGCAUACUGGAUUCCGGCGCCGGAGCAGAUUAUAAUAGGCUUCACUCAUUUUUCAUGUCAUGUAUGCCUCAAGACAUUCAAUCGCUACAACAAUCUUCAGAUGCACAUGUGGGGCCACGGUUCACAAUACCGGAAAGGGCCAGAGUCGCUCAAAGGGACACAGCCACGAGCCAUGCUAGGGAUCCCUUGUUACUGCUGCGUCGAAGGGUGCAGGAACCACAUUGACCAUCCUCGGUCCAAGCCGCUCAAAGACUUUCGAACGCUCCAAACGCACUACAAACGCAAACACGGCCAAAAACCUUUCUCGUGUCGCAUCUGCGGUAAGCUCUUGGCUGUCAAGGGCGAUUGGCGAACCCACGAGAAGAACUGUGGGAAACGCUGGGUUUGCGUUUGUGGUUCCGAUUUUAAACACAAACGCUCCCUUAAGGACCAUGUGAAAGCUUUUGGGCCUGGUCAUGGGCCUUAUCCGACCGGUUUGUUUGAUGAGCAGACCUCCAAUUCUUCUGUCUCCGAUACUUUGUUCUUUUAA